GAAAAUUCCUGAAAAUUGCUUGCUGAUGUCAGCCAAGACAUUUCGUUUUGCCAAUUUGACACUUUCAAAAUUACAUAAAAUGUCUAAAAAACCUGUAAAUGUAAUUUCAGACCUAGUCACGUCUAGUUUAGUAGUUAAACCCAUAAAGGUCCAAGAGAAACCCAAAAUCAACACUUUCCAAUGCAGUUCUUCGGAAAAUAGGUUGAAAAUUUCAAGCAAAGGUUUCAAAGAGAAAAUCGUAAACAAAGUACGGUCGUGGAGUAGUAGGGAUAAAUAUUUCCUCAAUGAACCAAUUCAGGUAGAAACCAGGUUGCCCGAUUCAACAAGACACCAAGAUUUUGAAAACGAAUCUAUGGAAAAUUUACCUCAUUCAAACCUUACACGUGCCAGAGACAGUUUAGAAAGCUUACAUGAAAGGAACACACCUAGCGAGGACUGGAGGCCAAGGUGUAGUUCUUCCGUACCUAAAUCAUUAUCGAAGAAUGCCCCUGAAUCACCCAAGUCAUCCCCUGAUACUUCCAAGACAGCAAAAACUUUGUUUUGGGAUCCUUUCGAUAAAAGAGGGAGAAAAAAUAGGAAAGAGUUCAGUAGGAAGAAAAAGAAAAACCCAACUACAGAAAUACCUAAACAAGAAAGUUCGUCAAUUCCCCUUGAGGGAAAGUCUUGUUUGACAAAGCCAAAUGAAAAAGUGGAAAACAACAUUGAAGACUUUGAAACAGUAGAAGAAGAGCACUCCUAUAAAUAUAAAUAUUUCCCAAAGAAUAGUAAAUCUGUUGUGUUUACCAAUGAGGUAUUUGUAGUUUAUUUCCAUGAAAAUGAUGUCGUUUAUGAGUCAAAGGAGCCUUUGAAGAAGGAUGUUGAUCAACAAGAACGAAACAAAGAAAUGAGGCAAGGGCAUAUAAUAAAAACCCAGGAAAAAUAUAACUUGUGCCUCUACUGACUUGUACAACGAAAUUUGUAACGUACAGAAAUUUUGUAAAUGACAAUAUAUGUGUUACAGAGUCUCACAAAUGUGUUUGUUUUAAUUAUAAGUCAUGCAGUUGAA